AUGUUUAGACAAGCCCUCAAGUCAACUGUAAGAAGAAUGAACACAUUGACUCCAGUUAAGACUCAAUUGGCUCCCCCACCAGCCGCCUCUUACUCCCAGGCUAUCAAGGUCAACAACUUGAUCUUUGUUUCCGGUCAAAUUCCAUAUACCGCAGAAAACAAGCCUGUAGAAGGUUCUAUCGCUGAUAAGGCUGAACAAGUUAUCCAAAACGUUAAGAAUAUCUUAGUCGAAGCCAACUCUGAUUUGGACAAGAUUGUUAAGGUUAACAUCUUCCUAGCCGACAUCAAUUCCUUUGCAGAAUUCAAUUCCGUUUACGCUAAGUACUUUAACGUGCACAAGCCUGCCAGAUCUUGUGUCGCUGCCAAGGCCUUGCCAUUGAACGUCGACUUGGAAAUGGAAGUCAUUGCUGUUGAAAAGGAUUAA